ACUACCACAUCCGUCCGAUCCGCCCCUUCUCUCUAACCUGGACCCAAUGCUCGCCGCCUCCGCGUCCGCCUCCGCCCGCAUCCCCCGACCUUCUCUCAGCCCUGCCGCCCCCACCGGCCACAUCUCGGUGGGUGACACACAAGACGUUCACCCUGGUGCAGUAUGCCGACGCCUUGUGGGUGCGCUACAUGUGGUCUGUUUAUCUAGUGGCCCUGGUGUGGGUCAGCCAGUUUGUGCUAUCCUGUCAACAGAUGGGGUAGCUGGGGCAGUGGCCAGUGGUACUUUAAUGGGUGGAAGAAAACGACAAAAUCACCAGUGCUGACUUCUUUCAGACAUAUGAUAUGCUAUCACCUCGGCACCAUGGCCAAGGGAUCCCUACUCAUCACAAUCUUCAAGCUGCCAAGACUCAUCUUGACCUAUCUCCA